AUGCAACAAAUCAGCGGGGCACCAUGCUCACCCGAAGCCAUUUUCAGACAAGGCGAAGGGGCACCGCCCAGAAAGAAGAAAGACAAGAAGGAGGAGAAAGAAAACGCAGAAGAACAAGAUGGAAAGGCAGAGAAUGGACAGGCUGAAGCUGCUGAAGCCGAGGGUGAAACUGCCAAGGCUGAAGCCGAAGGCGAGGCCGAGGGUGAAGCUGCUGAAGCUGAUGGCGCCAAUGGCGAAGCCGAGGAAAGUAAAUCCAAGGAGGAAGCCCAAGGCGAUGCUGAGGAGGACAAAGCUGCAGCUGAGGUUGACCAAGAAGGCGGAGAGAAGACAGAAGAGGCAGGAGAGAAGGCUGAAGGCGAAGAAGGUGGCCAAGAUGAAAAGGAAGAAGAAGGAGAUGGUGAAAAGAAAGAAGGCGAGGAGGGCGAGGAGGAAGAGGAAGAGUUCAGCGAAGAAGGGCAAUGGAAGUAUGGAGAGUCGUUUGGUUCCGCAUGGAAAGAGGGUGACGUGAUAGGAGUCCUAUUCAGCUCCAAGGAUGGUACAUGGAAGAUGUCUUUCUCAUUGAAUGGGUCCUUCACUGCACCUAUGGGGGAGGCCUUCUCGAUGGACAUCGUAGAGGACUCUGCUCUAGCAAUGCUGGUCGCUGCUGGUGAUGAAGGUGAGAUCGAAGUAAACCUGGGGCAGCGCCUCUUUCAAACAUCACCCAAACUAGAAGAUGAGGCUGAGGUAGUGCGAGGGCUUGGAGAGGCCAUGAAAAUGCGGCCAGCCUGGAAGGUUCAGCUUCCCAAGGGGGUCAAGGCAUGGCCAGUCUUCGAGGAACCAUCGAGGACGUCAAAGGGCCGCAAACCUUUGGAGGACAAAGCUGAAGUUGAUCAGUUGCAUUCCACGUCCGACAAUUGGGUUCAACUAAUGGAAGGCUGGGUGCAAACCCGCAUGCUGGUGGCUGGAACUGAAUAUGAAGGCCUGAAGUGA